AUGUAUGGCUUAACUCGUCUUUCUCGUCCUCUUGCCUUCAUCACCCGCAACUUAACUACAGCCCCACCUCAUCGGAACCUCACAGUGCUUGCUGUCGAGUCUUCUGCAGACGAUACUUGUGCGGCAAUAGUCACCUCGGAACGUCAGAUUCUCUCCAAUGUCGUGCUGAGGCAAGACAGCUAUCAUGAAGCAUACGGUGGAAUACAUCCUUAUGUUGCCAUUGAGGCCCACCAACGGAAUAUGCCAGGAGCAGUAAGAAGGGCGUUGGAGGAGGCUAGUAUGUCAAUAAAUGACGUUGAUGGGAUAGCAUACACACGAGGCCCUGGAAUCGGAGGAUGCCUUAGCGUCGGGUCCAACGCCGCCAAAACUCUCGCUGCGGCACUGAACAAACCUCUCGUCGGCGUACACCACAUGCAAGCACACGCCCUGACGCCUUUCCUCACGACGCCUGUCGACUCGCUCCCCACAUACCCCUUCCUCACGCUCCUUGUCUCGGGCGGGCACACGCUUCUCCUGCUUGCCAGCUCGCCACGGACGUUCCGCACGCUUGCGACGACCCUCGACGAGAGCAUCGGCCGCGCCUUCGACAAAGUGUCGCGCAUGCUCUCGCUCCCGUGGUCUCAGCAUGGGCCCGGCGCCGCUCUUGAACAGUUCUGCAUGAGUGGCCCUACCUCCGAUCCCGUCGAAGCGGAAUCGGAAGAGCGAGGUGCGCGAUCGCAGGCAGAGCUAGAGGCGCCGCACAUCCCGCUGCCGAUGCGCGGUCGGCUCGCCUUCUCGUACACCGGCUUGCACUCAACCGUGGAGCGUUUUAUGCACGCGCGGGGUGGCAUAAUUGACGAGCACACUCGAUACGCGAUUGCGACUCGAUUUCAGAUGGCCGCCGUGGGCCAGCUGGAGGAGAAACUUGCACUUGGACUGCGCGUGUGCCGGCGGAAGGGAAUUGACAUCCGACAUCUAGUGGUCAGUGGCGGAGUUGCAAGCAAUAUGUUUUUGCGACAAAGACUAAGAGCGUGUUUGGAUGGGGCUAGCCCCGACGUUCCGAUCUCUCUGAUUUUUCCUCCCCCUUCUCUCUGCACUGACAACGCGGUCAUGAUUGCAUGGGCGUCCAUGCAACGCUUUCUUGCUGGUGAUACGGAUGAUUACACUAUCGAGUUGCGCUCAAAAUGGAGUGUAGAGGAUUUAGACAAUUCCGCACCCAAACUGGAACUCGACGAUUUCGGAGACAGCAAAGGGAAGGGCGUGGGCACCGACGAAGGGACCUUUGGAAGGCUGGACAUAGGCUCAUUGUUCCACAACGCAGCUUCGCGGUAUGAGGGUGGCAACCUUGGGAAUCCUGAAGACCUCGUCGCGCCUCAUUUCGUUGGACAACAGCCUGCCCUCCAGACUGUCGUGUCUGCUUGA